AUGGACACCACGAUAGCACAGCAGCAGUCCUUUGACCGCCUUCAAUUUCCCCAGACCGGCCUUGAUAUGAGCCCGCAACAGGUGUCGCCACUUUCAUACUACGACCCUCAGGCCGACUUCAGCGCCGACUCAGCGCCCUCACGAGGCUCUCCCAUCUCUCCCAUCUUUGGCAACGCUUUUCAGCUGCCCAUCGACCCUGACUGGCCCGCCUACCUCGACAAGAGCGACAUGUCUCCCGAUCUCGACAUCUACUACGGCGAGUCCUUCGGCGGUCCUUUGGCCUUCGUCGACGCGCAGGCGCAGAACCCCACACUCAGCCCAGCCGCCAACCCCUUGGAUCUCAUGUCCGAAAGCGUGGCGUUUGGCGGUGAUCUCAACGAUGUCCAACCUCUCUUCCAGUCGGCUCCCGCACCAUCAACACUGCCCAUCGCCAACCCGCCAGCGGCCGCCACGGCCCGGAUGGCGCGGAUGACGCAAUCUCGGUCCCAGUCUCAGUCCUCGACCACACCAACGGCACCCGCGGCACAGGUCCAGACCCGCAGUCAGCAGCGCGCCGCCCAACGCGCGCCCGCCCGCCGUCCCGCCGAUCUCAAACGCAAAUCGUCGACCUGCGACGACUCGGCCUCGUCCCGCUCGACCUCGCCGGAGCCCCCGGCACGCCGCACCAAGCACGCCGGCGCCGGCGCCGCCGACCCGAGCAAGAACCCGCACAACCUCAUCGAGAAGCGCUACCGCGUCAACAUUAACGAGAAGAUCCUCGCCCUGCGCGACGCCCAAGGCACCGAGUACAUCAGCCACCUGGAGAAGAAGAACGAGCACCUGGCGCGGGAGAAUGAGGAGCUCGAGAAGAGGCUCGCUGAGGCGCAGAGGUGGCAGAGGACGCAGGCGGAGGCUGGGGGGUACUGGGUUUAG